AUGGCUUGCCGCAAAACCCCACCCUUUGCACCCAUGCAUGUAGUGAGUGACUCCAAGUAUGUUGUGGACGGCCUAACGAAACACCUCCCAAUGUGGGAGCGCAGAGGGUGGUUAGGUGUGGCAAAUGCCGGGGCCCUACGUGAGCUGGUGGGCCUGCUGAGAAUGCGGAGUGCCCCUACCACCUUCAAAUGGAUCAAAGGGCAUGCUGGUACCCGGGGGAAUGAGGAGGCGGACCGCCUGGCUGGGGAGGCUGCUACCCUUCCCCUGCCCUUCCGCCCCCUUUCCCUGCCAGCGCCGGACCGGUAUAAUGUGCGGGGUGCCGCCCUCCUCUACCUCACACAGCGACUAGCAUACCAGGGAGUGCGUGAAUGGAACACACUGAAAGGAAGGGUGGCAACGACCCGCACCAUCCUCUGUGUCCAAGCGGACAUGGAGCAUGUAACAACAGUGCUGCCUGGGGAGAGUGCCAUAUGGUGCCUCCUACGGAAAGACCCGGUUUCAAAGAAGACAAGGGACUUCAUGUGGCGUGCCCUGCAUGAUAGCCACAGAGUGGGCAAGUACUGG